AUGAAAAGGUCAAAGAAAGCAAAACCUCAAGUACCUCGGAGGGGAACUUCACAAACCGAAGGGGUCGGCAGCUCCUCUGUUCCAGAGUGCACCGGCGACCCAGCCACCAUCAUCAUGAACCCAGUGCCUGUGUCUCAAGUGUCGUUCCAAGAAAUACAAGACAACAGAGCAUCACUUGCCACAAAUCUUGCAUCUCCAGGUAACCCGAUUCAACCCUCAGUCGAAUAUGGAGAAAUAGCUAACCCUAUGCCAAUGGCGGCUGAUUUAGGGGAAAAUAUGAUUGUUAAUCCAAGUGAUGAACUUUAUCAAUCUCCAUUGGCCCUCAAUCGGGCGUGCCAACUACUAGAUGAAGAAUCGAAAGAAGAACGGGUAAAUGCCCAAAAAGGGAUUUUCACACCCAAACCUAGGGUUCCCAAUUCGUCCCCCUCGGACACCUUUGAGAAGGACCUACACGCCUUCUCGGAAGAUGAGAGAGAAACAGAGCCUCAGAAUGAGGAAGUUGAGAUAAAUUUCCAACCCAGUAUGUUAAGUACAGAACACCUCACAACUCAUAAUGUUGAAACCCUUGUUCCAACACCAUCAACAAACAAAACACAAAGAAAAAGGAAGAGAGUAGAUCCAUUUGAAGGGGCAGAUCCGCGGGCUAAAAGGCCUGAAGAUUUCCAAAUUUCAGCCAGACCUCAUAGAAGAAAACCUAACAUACCACCUCCAAGAAAACCAAAGACAAAUAGGAAAAAGCAAAAAGAAACAAAAGAGGAGACCAGCUGGAAUAGUGAGAAAGAAGCAAGUGAAACUGAAGAGAUGUCAGAAAAUGUGGGGUCAAGAACACGUGCAAGAAAAUCACUAAGAAAACACACUGCCAAAGAAAAAGGAAAAAAGGUAGCAGAAGAAGACAGUGGUACACAAGUCAACAAAUCAAACAUGCCAAAACCCUACAGUAAAAAGUUUCUGACCAAACAGAAUGCCACAAAAUGGGAAAAAUUCUCAACCAAAAAGAUCAUCAGUCAGAAACUUCUUGUGCUUGAUAAAAUGAAGGGCAAUGAGCAGAUCUCAAAAAUCCUCAUUCACAGUCAAAUGCUCGGAACAGUGACAAACAUUGAACCAUAUGAAGAAAGUGUCGUUCAUGAAUUUUACAACAAUCUGGGGGCAGGAACAUCAACCCCAAGUGAUCCAAUGUAUGGAAAGGUCUACCUAAGAGGUAAAUUCUAUGACUUUACACCCUCCAUGGUUAAUGACUACAUGGGCACCUCAAAUAUAGAAAACACUCCAAACAUCACUAGUGAACAAGUUGCCCAAGAACUGACAGCUGGUAAUGUAAGCUUUGAUAAGAACAAAAUCAAAGCAGCCUCACUGACAAGCAAGUAUGCUAUACUCCAGAAGAUUGCUCUAGUCAACUGGAUGCCAUCACUCCAUGAGAACACUGUUAAAUGGAGUCUAGCAGAACUACUAUACAAGAUUGGUAAAGGAAUAAAGGUCAACUUUGGAGAGAUUGUGCACACCCAAAUCAUGAAUUUGGUAGGAAAUGGAACACCUAAAGCUUCUCUAAUCUUCCCCAACCUGAUUCACACACUGCUGGUCCAACAAACACUCAAGCAACAGAAACCCAUAAUUCCAGUCAAAGCACUCUUCAUAACAGUCAAACUAAGGAAGGGAACACAUCAAAACGACUUGACAACAACCACUCCAAAGGAAGAUCCAACAGAUAAAACCACUCUCCUAAAAUACUUCUAG